GGCGGAGGAUCUUUCUCUUCUUUGUAAGCUAUAAGCCGGCAUUGUUACAAGGAACCCGGUCCAUUAUAAGAUCCAUUAUCCAGCGAGGACGUCGGCCACAGAUCCGUGUCACGAGCGUAGAAUAUCUGCUCGCAGAUCGUGCUCCGAUUUCGGUUUCUGAACCGGGAGACGACGCGCCUCGACGACGUGUUGGCGGUUGGCACCCCGAGGGUCUGGGACACGAGCUCGAGUCUAUCUACAGUUGCGCGGAGCAGCGUGCGAAGAACGCUUGAAAAAGCACGAUGGCGGCAGCGGUAGACUUCCAAAAUCAGUCACAAACGGACGGUAUGCAGGAACCGGCGGGUAACCAGCAGCAGGCGCACUCCGCGCAGGAAUCUCAUCAUCAUCAGAAUCAGGAGCAUAGUCAGCACCAGCAGCAACACUCCUCUUCGCAGCCGGCGCAGCAACAGGCGACCGCCGGUAUUCCCGGGAAGGACGACGAGCGUAAAUUGUUCAUUGGCGGAUUGUCCCGCAACACCACCGAUAAGGAGCUCCGAGACCAUUUCGGCAAGUUCGGUGAGAUCGAGAGCAUCUCGGUGAAGGUCGAUCCUCACACUGGCGUUUCGCGCGGUUUCGCCUUCAUGGUAUUCACCAAUCCCAAGACCAUCGACAAGCUGCUCGCAUCCGGCGAACAUUACAUCAACAAGCGCAAGGUAGAUCCUAAACGAGUCAGCAAAAAACCUCAACAUGGUAAAAUCUUCGUGGGUGGUCUUACUCCCGAGAUCACAGAUGACGACAUCAAGAGCUACUUCAGCCAGUAUGGUACCAUUGUCGAGUUGCAGGCGCCUUUUGACAAAGUCAAGAAUCAACGUAAAGGUUUUUGCUUUAUCACGUUCGAUUCGAAGGAGGUCGUGUACAAAUUGUUGAAAACGCCUAAGCAGACGAUUAAUGGUAAGGAAGUAGACGUCAAGAAAGUGAAGGUUAAUCCAGAUCCAAGAAAUCAGGGCUUCUGGGCACCUGGCUACGGAUAUGGAUACUGUGGUGGAUAUGGCUACAUCCCCGACUACAACGGUUAUCAUAACUAUGAUGACAUGUACGCGAAUUACGAUUAUGCUGGUUACGAUGGCUACGACAAUAUGGGAUAUGGUCCCAAGCCGCGAGGUAACGGUCCGGGACCGCGUCAAUUUCAGAGACAUCAACCAUAUUGAGAGAGAGUGUGAGGGAGAGAAAGAGAGAGAGAGAGAAAGAAAAAAUGUGUAUGUAUGAGAGAGAGAAAGAGAAAAGUAUGUAACUGAGAGAGGUAUAUCUCUUGGUUAUUACAACCUUUGAUUAUUACGAGUAGAACCUUUUAUUAUAGGUGGGACAAUAUUUCGUCUACCAAACCGAGACUGAAUCCGGGAUUUCGGGCGAAAAUGUAAAAAAAAAACCACAAAAAACAAAAAAGAAGAAAAACAGAAUCAGAAGCAGACAGCAGAGAAAAAGUGAUCAAGAUAGCUUAACGAAUUGUAAAGUUCAUUAAGCACAGAAAAAAAGCCUCGAAUUCCCCGAAUUUAGUGCGUUAUGAAGGAAGCUUGCGCAAGUAAUUGUAUCAGUGGAUAUUAACAGUAACAAUUAAGAAUAACAUUAUUAAUAUUUUCGUUUAACAAACGUUGGCAAUUAUUUCAAUGAACUUGCUAAGCAAGAUUCCUGAAAUCCGAAUCAAGAAAAUGAAUACACGUUUGUUACAGUAUCACUGACCCUCGUGUGUACUAUCUGUAUAUUAAACAAGAAAACUUGUAUGGUUUGCUCUUGGUUGUAUCAUGUUGUAUGCUUCUUGCAUUUAGGCUGUGUUUGGAAAGCGCGCUAUUGUCGCUAUUAAGUCAUUCUACUCUUGAUUUACAUCCAGUGAAUGAUCAAGGUAGAACAUCAUAUGAAACUGUGGAUAAUGCGCUUUCCAAAUGUAUCUUUAGAGUGAAAAGGGCAUACAAUGCAUGUGCAUGAUGUAUAGAGUGAUGAGCGUGAAAGAGAAGAAAGUUCAAAGGAUUUAGUUAGAAAGAACAAACCUCUAUAUAUAUAUAUAAAACAAACAUCGAUGAGAUAUCUAAUAUUAAUCAUCGUAAUAAAAUCGUGCUUUUUACUAUGUCGAUAAUUUUGUAUCGUGCAAAAUAUGUUUUCCGAAUAAGUGAAAUACAAACAAACCUUACAAUAUGGGAUACAAUAGCAUGAAAGAUUUUUUCUUGCGCAGAACCAGCGGCAAUUACAAUAAGUUCACAUUUGAUGAACGUUUUUCUGUAUUUGUAUGAGCAAAGUUUGUAUAAUACAGUAUUAACUUUACACGGUCAAUAUUAUCAGUACUAAUAAUACUGAUAAUAUUUCUGAUCAUAUGUGGUUAAUAUUGAUGUAAAAUAUGCAGUGAAAUAUUCACAUUUCUUGAUUCUCUUGAGCAUCGAUAUCAUUGUAUGAUAGGAAUACUGACAGUAACAAUUGCAAAGCUGCUUUUUAUGCUUAAUAUAAUCACUUGGUGUGUAAAGAGGCGUAUCAGUAAAUUAAAAUUUUUUAGUUAAGCGAGAAGAGUUUUGUCGCAAGUUCUGAAAUACGAUUUGCCCUAUUUCAUCUAUUCAUAUAUUCCUAAUUUUCUAUUAUUAUAUAUAUCCAUUUAUAUUGGAUUAUCCAAAAAGCUUGUGCCACAUUUUUAGAAAAUAUUUGCUAAAACAAUACAAGUACUUGAAUACGUUUAGUUUUUAGUAUUCAUGAAGGAUUACAAAAAUCUACGCGUUUGUGGCACAAACAUUUCGGAAAAUCCAAUUCUUUAGUAACCUAUCUUAGCAGUCAUUUAUACGUUAAAAAUUUGAGUUUUAUUAUAUUACUUUCUUAUAGUUAGCAAUUGUACUUCAGACUAUGCUUCCAAUUUAAUGCGUGUAACAGUUCAAAUUGUCAAAUGCGCGCAAUCUUAAUUUUUACAGUUGCAGUCUAAUUAUAUUAUCGAAAAAGAAUAAUCCACGGAGAAAAUACAGGCUAAUCUGAAUUUAACAUGGUUAUUGGUUGAAAGAAAAUUUACAUUAUGAACUGUUUAUGAUUACAAUACUGAAGCUUCUUACAAUCAUAUGAUAAUAUAGGUGUGACUUUAACCUUGACAAUAUCAUCACAAUACCGAGUAUUGUGAUUAUCGAAGUCGAUUGAAGUUGAAGUUGAUGAUUAAUCAUUGAAGUUGUUUGAAUUCGAAGAAUAACAAUAAAGCAGAGGAUUCAAAUUCGUUGAAUUUUAUGAAAUUUUUCAUUAAUAAUAUUAGGAUGUAACUUAAUGAUAUUAGAAUCUUUUUAAUUUUUGCACACUCAAUAGAGGCUAUGAAAUCAAUAAUUCGUAAUAUAAUGUGAAACGUGUUAUAUUCAUUCGAUUUUGUGUUCUCACCGACAAGGUUUUUUUAACUCUGCAGUUUAAUUUUUUUUUGCAAAUUAGUGAACAUCAAGUAUUUCAUUCUCUUAUAACUUGUGAACUAGGGUCGACAAACUGAGAAUACAAACAGCAAGAUAUUUUCAGUGUUGAUCAGAAUAAUUCAUCUGAAAUAUCAAAAAUAUUAGAGAAUAUAUUCUACUGUUGGGAAAAAUUUAAUCAAUUUAUUAAUUAAUACGAUUAAAAAUUUAGUUCGAUGUUUAAUAGAUCGAUAUAGAAAAGAUUUAUAGGAAAUAUUUGAAAAAAUAAUUUCCAGAAUAUGUAAAUACAGAUCAACUUUGCUGUAUUGAUUAUGACAAUGCAAUGCUAAUUAAAUUAUAUGAUUACAUAGACACAGAAACAUUCAAAUUUUACGGGAAAUAUCUUGAUUAUGGAUAUAAUAAGCGAUAAAAAUUUUUUUAUGAGGAAUACUCCAAAGAGAGUUGAAACAUUCGAUGUUUAGUUGAUUGAAAAUAAAUGUUUCUGAUUAAAAAUAUCAUUAAUUAGCAGUUAUUCGUUUUAGUCACUGAUUUAUAUAUACUAUUCUUAUAGUAUAUUUAAUUUAUGUUAUCGAUUUGAUUGGACAUCAUACAUAUUAAUCAAUGUACAUAUUGAACUGUUAAUGCUAUAACAUAUGUUUUGUAUUUCACUUUAAAAUAAUUCUACUAGAUAUAUGUCAAUGCCAGUACAAUUGUCUCGUAUUACAACUAUUAUUUCUGGCAAAUGUUUUUAAAUAUAACAAAUACAAUAUCAAAUGAUACAAUGAUCAAAUAUUGCAUUUUGCAAAAGUUCGAUUAUUUUAGUUAAAAACGAAAACUUAAUUGAGAUUAACUAUUCGAUUACAAUUAUAUAUAUAAUUACAUAAUAUCAUACAUAUUUUAGUUAUUUUAAUUAAUAAGUUAAUGUCCAAUACUAGCUCUUGGCAAUAUCAUGUAUAUUUUUCUUGAAUAUUUUUGUCUUACUUUAUUAUUUACGUACAUUUACACAAAUUGAUAACUUUUGUGUUAUAAGAUUUACUAAAAUUUACAUUUAAAAUAAGUAAGAAUAAGGAAAUUAAAAUUAGUUGAUUAUGGGUGACAUUAGUUCCAUGUUUUUGCCUAUAAUAUAUCAGUUUGUCGGUCCUAAUACAAAUGAAAUAAUUUCUAUUAUUUGUACAAAUUCAGGAUCUCAUAUCCUGAUUAUAAAUAAACAUUUUAAUUGUAAUAUUCUAUCUUAAAUAGAAAUUGAAUAUUAUCUACGAAACAUUUGCAUUGUAAUAAAUCACAAAAUUAAUAUCGCGACCACAUUUUGAUUAUAUAAGAGUUUUUAUAAAAUAGUCUUUUACAAUACCUCAGUACGUGUAACUGUAUUGAAGGACAGUUACUUUUUGAAGGACAGUAUUAAAGCCAUUUUGUUGCAAUAAUAACAAAAUUGAUGCGCCAGUAACCGUUCGGAUUAGCCAAUUUUUUCUACCAUAAAUUUCUAUUAUAUUAAUUCAAGGUUCUGCUUAGAAAUCUCGCUGGUAUCUCUUUCUGAGAGAGGUAGAUUAUAAACGAUAACUAUGGGAAACGCCUUUUUGAGACUGGACAAAACGAUAAUUACAUUCAUAGUAUACUCACGAGUCCUAAUGAUUACAAAGAAAGUAUCAUAUAUUGUACAUCCAUUUCAAAGAAUUUCGCCUUUAAUUUCUGAGCGUGUUUUUUUUUCAAAGCUUUGCCGUUAAAAGCGCAAUUUAACUAAAGUAUUUGGUCUUCUUCUCCACCACGUUUAUGUUCUCUUCACAAUUACAAGCUCUCGCUUUAUUGAAAGAGAAAAAGAAACUAAUAUUCAAGGAUCAAAAUCUAUUUCUUUUUGUGCUUAACUCAUAAUAGAAAUGUUGGCUGAUAACAUGUAAAAUGUAAUUUAGUCUUGUAAGAGUAGUAAUCUAAUGAUAACUUAUAGUUACUAUCGAGAUUGGAUUAUACAUAUAUCGUACGUGUGCGUGCACAUGUGCAUUCAUGCAUGGCAUGCGUGCACGCGUGCCCACGCGUACGUGUGUUUGUAAUAGAUACGAAACACGCGGAAACGCGAAAAAUCAAUACUUAGAAAAUAAAAAAAAAUUUUAAAAUUAUAUAAUUAAAAUAUGAACGUCCUGGGUAUACACGUGAAGUGCACGCGAGCGACGAAUCCAACCAAAAACUUCCUGCUGUCGACAAAAUAGCACAUCUAGUUAUGAGAAAAAUGAAGCAUCCUUGCGAUUUAACCAUAAUUUAUACAUGUAUUUAACGCAGCAUGUCGUGUCAUAUUAUCGAUAUCCUAAAUGUAUCAUAAAAUGUAUAUCGCCAUAGCUAAUUGCUGGCAGUUUGUCUCUAAUAACGUAAGAUGGAUAAAACCUAUCUUGAAACAAAGUUCUAUUAUUUGCGUCUCGUCUGUGUACGGUCUGCGUGUCUCGGUCUGUAAUACAAAAAAAAAAAGAAAAAUAGGAUAAGCGCUAGACAUAGAGCUAGACAUGAAGAUAAUUCAGGAGGCGUUGAGUUGAGAGUGUGAUAAAGGCUUCCCUAACUGAUCCAGGUGACCAGAAUGUUUAAGGCGCGAAGCGCGACUGGAGAUGAUGAGCAAGUUUAACGUUUCUUUUACAUUUCUAUCGAGCAGCGAGUUCCUGUUCGCCGUGCAAAGACUGUCCUUCAUAUCGCGAAAAGACUGUUAACACAAGUGAUGAUACAGGCACUAGAAAACCUCGACAAUUAAUAGAACUUGCGGUUUCGACCACAAAAAUUGAAAGAAUUAACCGAUUAACAUAAUUGUAAAGAAUGUAGAUAAGACGCAAUGGGACUACAUUUAGAUACAUCGAAAUUAUAUUGUAACGAGGCCGAAAAAGCUACAUUCAAAAAAAAAGGUUUUUUCUCAGACGUUGCAAAGGCAUCAACGGUUUGGCUCAACUUACCAUCGAUGUAAAAGUUUAAUGGAUUUCUCGUGCGAGUGAACGUACAUUCACUCGAAAAGAUAGUAGAGGAUCGAGGAGCUAAGCUAAUUAAUGUCUUUGAAAUUAAAUCUGUAUACCGUGUAUACUAUAUUUGCUGCGUGCGGAAAUAUAUAUUGAGAAUGAUGAAGACAAGAAGUAGAGUAGAGUCAGAGGAAGAAAAAUUAAAGAAAAACAAGACAGAUAUUUUGUUACUAUUAAUUACUAUUCGCCUGUUUCACCCAUGACACAAUGUAUAUUUUAAUUAUAGCAAAAAAAAAGAAUAAAAAUGCCGAUUAUUUCAA